GUUCCAGCAUCAGUCGCGCAUCAUGGAUCUGCGGCGCUCACACACUGCUGGAAUGAUUUUACCGCUCUAUCUCAUCUUUUACUUAAUCACAGACUCCGUCAGCAAAGAGAGCUGUGAUUCUCCGCUGGUUUCCGCUCUGCCUCAGUCGGCCUUCACAAGUUCAUCAGAGCUGUCCAACAGUCACGGGCCGGGCUUCGCCAAACUCAACCGCAGAGACGCGAGACUCGCCGGGCGACUGGAUUUGGGUUCGCCGGGCUCCACCCGUCUGGCUGGCUCUGCACUUUCACUUCCCGUGCUGCCGAUGCGCCGCGGCUCCUGUACCGAGCAGAUGUCGCUCUCGCCCGGCGCACCUCGGCGCCCCACCGUUCAGUGGUUUUAUCAUGAUUUACGAGGAACAGAAUAUCCUCAUCUUGAGUUUGGCUGUCCUGAUUAUGAGCGAGACUCGCCGGGCGACUGGAUUUGGGUUCGCCGGGCUCCACCCGUCUGGCUGGCUCUGCACUUUCACUUCCCGUGCUGCCGAUGCGCCGCGGCUCCUGUACCGAGCAGAUGUCGCUCUCGCCCGGCGCACCUCGGCGCCCCACCGUUCAGUGGUUUUAUCAUGAUUUACGAGGAACAGAACAGACCCGAGACUCAUCAGUAUGCAGUGAGAAACGCUAGUCACGACUCCGUCUGUCACGAGAAGCGUUUAGAGUUGAAGACGCGAGCGCCUGUGUUUCUUCCUCUCGGGGAGUACCCCGGGCUAGAGAGCAAUAACCGAGCUCGGACCCCUCUCCCCGGACAGGGGGAGUACCCCACGCUAGAGAGCAAUAACCGAGCUCGGACCCCUCUCCCCGGACAGGGGGAGUACCCCACGCUAGAGAGCAAUAACCGAGCUCGGACCCCUCUCCCCGGACAGGGGGAGUACCCCACGCUAGAGAGCAAUAACCGAGCUCGGACCCCUCUCCCCGGACAGGGGGAGUACCCCACGCUAGAGAGCAAUAACCGAGCUCGGACCCCUCUCCCCGGACAGGGGGAGUACCCCGGGCUAGAGCGCAAUAACCGAGCUUGGACCCCUCUCCCCGGACAGGGGGAGUACCCCAGGCUAGAGAGCAAUAACCGAGCUCGGACCCCUCUCCCCGGACAUGGGGAGUACCCCGGGCUAGAGAGCAAUAACCGAGCUUUCUCUGGGAACUCGAACGCUGACAGUGUGGUGAUGUACAAACUCCAGCAGCCGGUCAUCGCUCAGUACGUCCGGAUACUGCCGCUCCACUGGAACCCCAACGGCAGGAUCGGCCUGAGACUCGAGGCCUAUGGCUGCCAAUACAAGUCUAAUGUGGUCGGUUUUGAUGGCAGCGCUCAUUUGCUCUUCAGGCCGGAUCCCAGCGCCAGUCCGGCAGACAGAGACGUGUUAUCCAUGAACUUCAAAACCCUGCUGAACUCUGGGAUGCUGGUUCACGUGGAGGAACGCAGCGGACACACGCUCACUCUGGAGUUAUUCAGAGGGAAACUCCAACUGCAGCUCAGAAAAGAAAUGUGCGUGGCACUCGCUGUUGUCUUUGCCGAGCCGAUGAUGGCCGCUCAUUCCUCUUGUUUAGAUGAGAUUUACUGUGCCAUCAGUUUCGGCGGAGCAUCAGCAGCUGGACUCCAGAAAUCCCACUCCAGGAGAAACUUACACGGCUGCUUGGAAAACGUGCUUUACAAGGACAUCAGCGUGAUCGAGCGAGCCGAAGAGCUGCAGGUCUCCAUCAGAGGGAACGUCAGCUUUACAUGCACCGAAUCCAUAGACGUGCCGGUGACCUUCUCCAGUCCUGGAAGUUUCCUCGCUUUGCCGUGGGUCUCCGGUGGAGAAAGCGCCUCGGUCGCUCUGCAGUUCAGGACCUGGAACAGAGCGGGCCUGCUGAUGACCUUUGACCUGCAGCAUAACGCGGGAACGCUGUGGCUCUAUCUGAGCGAGGCCAGAGCGCGACUGCAGAUCCAUAAGACCGGCCGGAUCGUGACCGACAUCACCGCAGGUGCCACUUUAAAUGACGGUCAGUGGCACUCGCUGGAGCUGGCUGUGCGUCGAGGGCGUCUCGCAGUCACCCUGGACAGAACCGACAGCUCUACAGCGUCCACUUCCUUCCCUGUCGCGCCUGACAGCCAGCUAUUCUUAGGCGGAUGUCCGGACACAGAAGACAGCAGCUGCAGAAACCCGUUCAAUGUUUUCCGAGGAUGCAUGCGUCUCAUCCGGAUGGGCGGCGCUUUAGUGGAUCUCAUCCGAGUGCAGCAGAUGUUGUUUGGGAAUUUUAGCGAUCUACAGAUGGACAUGUGUGGGAUCGUCGACAGAUGCUCCCCGAGUCGCUGUGAACACGGAGGAAGAUGCUCGCAGUCGUGGAGCACGUUUCACUGCAACUGUUCUGCCACGGGCUACAGCGGAGCGACCUGCCACAGCUCAAUUUAUGAAGCAUCGUGUGAAGCAUACAAACACAAAGGAAACACGUCUGGCUUUUACUACAUCGACGUGGAUGGAAGCGGCCCCGUCAAACCUCAACUAAUCUACUGCAACAUGUCAGAUAAAGCAUGGAUGGUGAUCCAACAUAAUAACACGGAGCUCACCAAAUUAAAAGUGUCCUCUGGGAUAAAUCAGCAUUUAGCCCACUUUAACUAUUCCGCCGAUGUGGAGCAGAUCCAGGCGAUAAUUACCCAGGCGGAGUACUGCGUGCAGGAGCUCUCCUACCACUGCAAAAAGUCACGGCUCUUGAACACACCAGCUGGGAAUGACGAGCAGUUUUCUGUCAUUAGAGAAGUGCUUCAUGACAGACGCUGCCGAUCUUUCAUUCAGGAAUCCUGCAGAUGGAGCGGCGGGAGCCUGAAGAUGCGCUGGUUCUUCAACAGAUGUGAACACGGAUUGCGUCUUAUUAACUGGAUGCGAACAUCAGCCAAAUAUCAGUCUGAACAUCCAUCAAACGUGUUUGUGUUUCCAGCUCCGACUCGAGUGCUCUUCUCGUUCGACGUGGGGAACGGUCCUCUGGAGGUGAAGGUGGAGACGCCGGCGGCUCUGAACGACGAGCGCUGGCAUCACGUGAGAGCCGAGAGAAACGUGAAGGAGGCCUCGCUGUAUGUGGACCAUCAUCCCGGCGCCGUUCAGAAAGCCCCCGCUGACGGACACAUUCAUCUGCAGCUCAACAGCCAGCUGUUUGUAGGAGGAACGGCUUCCAGACAGAAGGGCUUCCUGGGCUGCAUUCGCUCGCUGAAGCUGAACGGGAAGACUCUGGAUCUGGAGGAGCGGGCGGAGAUCACACCCGGAGUGACGCCCGGGUGUCCCGGACACUGCAGCAGCUACGGCGGCCUGUGCCAGAAUCACGGCAGCUGUGUGGAGGAUCACAGUGGCUUCACCUGCGACUGCAGCCUCUCGCCCUUCACCGGCACCUUCUGCCAUAAAGAGUCAGGUGAAGUGGAUCCAGAGAUCGCCCGUCUGAACGCCCUGGGCUUCACCGGCUGUUUGUCUGUGGUCCAGUUUAACUCCAUCUCUCCGCUGAAGGCAGCUCUGCUCUAUCCAGACACCAGUCCUGUCAUAGUCACCGGACCGCUAAGCGAAUCCAGCUGUGGCUCGUCUUUACCCACCAACCCCUACGCCGCUGAGACCACUCAUUCACUCACAGAUCAUGUGGGUUCAGUAAAUACGGGUGAGCCAAUAGUCAAUGCUAUCAACAGCGACUCGGCUUUGAUCGGAGAUGUCAUUGCCGUUGUGAUAUUUGUGAGUCUGGCCGCGCUGGCUGUGAUGGCGCGAUUCCUGUACCGGCGGAAAGAAACGUUUCAGCCCCAAGAGCCCAAAGUGGGAAAAACAGAUGACAGUCCCGAAACGCCCUUUAACACGGAUCCAAACUCACAGAGCAUUGUCAGUGAUUACCAAAAAGAAUAUUUCAUAUGACGCUCUUUUACCUCGUAUCGGACUAAUCCAGUUAAACCGACGGACUGAAAUGCCUUGUCGAGUCUAGGGACAUUAACAUUCACGGUGCAUUAUGGGAAACCAUCCGAGAGACUGGGGCUGCUGAAGAGGAGCGACGUGUCCCUAAGUUUUUGCCCUUUUUGUACAUAAAACAGUUAUUGUCCAGAGAUCUGGCACAAUAGUACGGUUUCUAAGGUGUGUAUAAUGACAUUCAUUGGUUGUAAAUAUUCUUUUGAAAUGAAACUUUGUAACGUCACCUUCUCCUUUUGCCUUUGAAUGGUUCAGUGCUCAGUAUUACGUUUAACGGAGUUAAAGAAGCAGUCAUUGUAUAGCUAAAUCAAAAUAAAUGUGUGAGUUGGCGAGUGUGAUGUUGUUGUGAAUACAUGCGUUCGUGCAAAAGACUUCAGAUUUUGCAGAAAAGGCUGUACGCUCAGUAUUUAUCACUCUUUGCCCGUGCUUUUUCUCAAUGAUUUGCCACUUGGAACAAAAAAUACAUCCUAUGA